GGUGUACGUAGUAGUACAUCAGCCACCCAACUGCAGCCUCUAUCACUGUAUCAUUACCCUCGCUUACCCCAGAUUAUUAUCUCUCUCAUUUCGCCUGACACGUGCUAUACAAAUGUUCAAGUUCAUACGUCGUGUUUCAACUUCAUUUCUGCCACGCCCAGAUCGGCCCUGGAGAGAUGAUGCAACGUCCAAUGCACCUACGAUAGGCCGGAAGAGGCGCUUCAGUUUCGUUGAGGAUGAUGACGAUAACUCUACUUCUACGGGUGUUAAGAAACUAAAGGGGGACUCCACGCAGGCUGAAGGCAGUACCCCUCCAAUACCAGCAGUCCCGGAUCAAAAGGAAGGAGAGGAUGUUAAGUCAGUGACGCAGGGGGUGAAGGAUGUGGAAUUGGAUGGUACGAUUCAGGAGUUGGACUCAUCCUCCGGCCCCGAGGAAAUCCCUCUACCAGAUUCUCCCGGUGGAGCUCCACAACCGGACAUCAAAUCGACAGAAGAAGCAGCUACGGCUCCAGAGGGGAAGGCCGAUAAGCAAGGCGCCCAAGAUAACUCGGACGCCGAUUCGGUGGCUUCUUCAUCUGAAGUAGUUUUGGACGAGGGGCAGCCUGAGGAUGAUUCAAAGGAUGAUACCAAGACAUCUCCUACCUCGGCAGCUGCUUGCCUGCCCGUCGAGGAUGUGCCUACCACAGAAGGCACUCCUGCUGCCGAUGUAACCCCAGCACUCACAGAGACCGAUGUAUGACGCGAACCAUAUUCUUGCUUUUGCAAUGUUCAUUACUAUAUCUAUCGAUGAACACGAGUACGCCCUUGGUGCGUAGAUCUAGUUGUUGAUGAAUGUAUGGAUACACGAUAGAUCGCACGCUGGUUGGUGCAGCUAGAGGGUUCUACUAACGACUUACGAUACCAAUACCUGACGCUGUUUAUACGUACUGCUACUAAUUCCUCACUCCCCUGUUGCUUGCGAUUUACAUCAAUGUAUUCAGGAUACCGAUUGCUUUGAUUGAUUUCAUGAUGAAGGAUC